GUAAACGGUAUACUAUUGAUUGGGAAUGCAUAGCUGUAUAGAGCGCUGCUGUGUCUGUUUACAGUGAGGGAUGUGUUUUCAGACUCUAGAUACGGGCUGGCCGGACAUGCAUGCCCCACCUCUGGAUAAGAUCUGCACCAUCUGUAAGGCCAUGGAGAGCUGGCUCAAUGCCGACCCUCUCCACGUGGUGGUUAUACACUGCAGGGGCGGCAAGGGUCGAAUCGGCGUCGUCAUUUCAUCCUUUGUGCAUUUUACCGACGUGUCAGCCAGUGCUGAUCAGGCGUUGGACCGCUUCGCCAUGAGGAAAUACUUCGAUGAUAAGGUCUCCGCUCUGAUGACGCCUUCGCAGAAACGGUAUGUUUGGAUCCUCAACAGCCUUCUGAGUGGAUCCAUGAAGAUCAACGCCUCGCCCCUGUUCCUGCACUGCGUCAUCCUUCACGGGAUCCCAAACUUCGAUGCCACCGGAGUAUGUCGCCCGUACAUCAGGGUUUACCAGGGAAUGCAAACCGUGUAUUCAUCCGGGAUCUAUCACAUUGGUCCAGGCCACAGAGGCCGUGUGUGCAUCACCCUGGAGCCUGCCCAGCUUCUGAAAGGAGACAUCAUGGUUAAAUGCUAUCACAAGAGUGACGUAACUUCAGAGCGGGAAGUUGUUUUCCGGCUGCAGUUCCACACGGGAGCAGUGCAGGGCUACAACCUGAUGUUUGAAAAAGAGGACAUGGAGACUGCCAACAAAGAUCCCAGAUUUGCAGAUUAUGGUAAAGUGGAGCUGAUGUUCUCCGAGGGACCGGAGAAGAUCCCCGGUAGGUUCCCAGCUCUUUGUGGGUUUUAUUCUCGGUAG